AUGGCGACUGGACCUGCGGUAAGUUCAGCUCUGGAGAUAAUCAGCAGACAUCAUCUUGAGUGCUCCAUCUGCCAAGAGAGAUACAAACAGCCCAAGAUACUGGAAUGCCUACAUAGCUUUUGUGAGCAAUGUCUACUGAAAUACUGCAGCACAAAUCGCAAGGACACUACAGUGAUCCCAUGUCCUGUGUGUCGACAGGAAACGAAACUUCCUGAGGCGGGGGUGCAGAGUCUGAAAACAAACUUUCAUCUGAUUGGCCUGGUUGAGGCGUUUGAACUGCAGGAAAAGGUUGUGGGAUCGGGUGAUAGUCUUAGCUGUGAAAUUUGUGAGGGAAACAAUGAGGCAACGCAGCGAUGUCUAGAUUGUGGCCAGUAUAUGUGCUCAGUCUGCAGCAGAAUGCAUCUUCGAUUCGCAGCAACAUCAAACCACAAGGUAGCUCCAUUGAAGGACAUUCGUGAGGGAAAGGUUACAGUGACAAAGAAACAUCAGAGACAACAUCCGAAAUGUCCGAUCCAUGAGGGCGAAGUGACAAGGUUCUUCUGCAAGACGUGUGAAACACUGAUUUGCCGAGAUUGUACCGUCAUUGACCACUGUAAGCCAGAACACUCGUACAUUGACAGAAAUCUGGCCACAUCGACGUACAAGCAAUCGUUGGUUGAACUGGUCUCUCCACUUGAAAACACAAUGACAGAACUCCAGAAAUUACGAGAGAAAGUCUCAAGAAUGAAAGAAGAUUUGGGUGUGGCAGUUAAGAGGGUCAUGACAGAAGUGCAAGACAGAGCAGCUGAGAUACGAGCACAGGUGACGGCUCAAGAAAAUCGCAUCCUUGACGACAUCAAAAACAUCCAAACAGAUCGUGAACAAAAACUGGACGAAUGUGAGAAAACUAUGGGCUUGGCAGCGGAGAGAUGUCAGCAUUCACUAGACACGGCUAGAGAGGUAACAAGAACUGCAUCAGAUAGUGACUUUCUCUCACUCUAUCCAACAAUCAGCAAAGACUUGAAAUUAUUGGCAGAUCAGAGUAUGCCUAGAGUUGACAACAGGCUUGCAUUCCUGAAGUUCAAGCAGAGUCAGGGUGUUGGUGGCAUCAGUCUGGGUCAGGUGGUGGCGGAAGGCAAAUGGGAGCUGUGUCGAGAGUUUGGUAGAGAGGGAAGAGGUCCAGGAGAGUUCGAUGGGGCUUGGGACAUUGCUGCUCGUCAACCUGAUGAGAUUGCAGUGACUGACAUCAACAACAGACGAGUUGUUAUCUGCAGCAUCAAAGGCAACCAGAAAAGCACGAUCCCGAUGCAAGGAUAUCCACGUGGCAUCGCAGCUACACGCAGCGACAAUCGUUUGGUGGUUGUUGAGGAUGGCGCAUCCCAUGUGAAGGUGUUCAACAGUGACAACACGCUGGCAUACGAGUUCCCAACGGUGCCGCCGAGUGAGGUCGGUAAGACCGCAGUUGACCUCCGGAGCGUAGCUGUCAAGAAUGAAGGUACCAUUGCAGUGGGAGAUGUGGCGAGGAUGGUAUUGACAGUGCACAGCCCCACUGAUGGUGAGCUCCUUCAUACCAUACCAGUCAAGAUAAAACCUUAUUUUCUGGCUUUUGACGGCAAUGAUCAAGCUAUAAUAAGUCGCAAUGCAUCCAAAACAGUGGAUAUUGCCGGUAGCAAUGGUACUACAAAACGCACCAUCAAACCCAUUAUCAAUGGUCAACCAGUGGAAUACUGCACCGGUGUAUGCACUGAUACCUCAGGUAUCUAUGUUGCAAUGCAUAAUGGUAGCAACACGGGUCAUAUCCACCACUAUGACCCUCAGGGUGGUUUCCUCCAGUGCAUCGCACAGGGUCUGCACUACCCAAUGGGUAUCACAUUCCCAUCUGAUGGGCAGCUGGCAGUGGCUGACUGCUACUCGGUAAAGACGUAUCGCCAGGUGUGAUACGACAUUGUAAUCAGUCAUGUCAAUAUAUAAGCAUGGGUGAAAUGUCGAUAGAAAAAUGAGCGAGUGGUUCUAAUUGCCACAAUAAAU